AUGGCUCUUAGAAUCAAUGUCUUUCUUCUUCUACUACUUUUCCUCUCACUUCUCCUCAUUCCCUUAUCUUCAGGCAUUGUUAAUGAAGGGUUCAAGGAGGAUGGCAUAGACCCCAUUCACUUACUUCACAAGGAUGGAAUCGUAAUGAAUUCAAGGAAGCUUUGGAUGCUUGAUGCAACAAUGCAGGAUUAUGAUGAUACAGGAGCCAAUCAAAAACACGACCCUAGAAGGAAACCUGGCAAUGGAAGGAACCCAUGA